AUGUCCCUCUCCCAACAACCUUCAACAAGAGGCCUAAAACACAAACCCCUCCAAUCAAUCUCCAUCCUCGCUCCAUUCUCAGCACUCAUAAUCUCAAUAACACUCGUCAUAUUCUUCUUAAUUCGCUUCUAUAUCCUAGAAGGCUUCCUCAUCAAAAAAGCCUACGGCGAAACCUACCUGAACCUAAACGAAACCAACCGCCGCGGCUUCAUAAAUCACCACAUAGCAGGAUUCACAAAAAUUCUCAUAUUAAUCGUCGCCGCAUACCCAUUCAUCGCAAUCACAUUUGGCGAAUCAACAUUCCGCACUCCCUUCGUUCAUGGCGGAACAAUCACAAUGGGCGAUAUGCUCAUUGUUGUUGCUCAGAUGCUGAUAGCGAUGUACAUUUUUGAACUACUUUAUCGUGUCAAGUUGUCUCCCAUUGCUGUUGCGCAUCAUAUUGGAACAAUACUUAUCGGGCAAUCUGCCAUUGCUAUUAGUCUUCGGUUGACACGAGAGCCGGACGGGGAUAUCGAGUUUAUUCUAUGUACUGCUUGGGGUGCAUUCGAUACCAUCUCGGAGUUCUUCCCACAUAUCGCUAUCAUAUUGUAUCGUGUCUAUCCAGAUCGUCAUUCAUUUCUCAAGCGCAUUUUCCUCUUAUCGUGCAUUACAACUGCAAGCGGAACACUUUGCGAGACUAUUGUGACAAUGUGGCUUUUUGGAAGUCUAUGGUCGCGAUGGCAGAUUGCUUUCAAGGUUGUCACGCCCCUAUUGCAUAUUGCUUUCUCUGCUGCGCAGAUUCAUGGAAGUAUGGUCUUUUGGCGCAUGUACAAGCGGCAACAAAAAUACCUCGAAGAAGUGGAAGAGUAUGAGGUUAUGAGGGCAGUUUCUUCAUCAGGGUCUGACCUUUCAAAACCACCUAAGGCUGUUUUGUUGGUUUAG